AUGUGCUUAGUACCUGGGGUCAUCAUUCCGGCCAAGUUCAAAGUUCCGGACUUUGAAAAAUAUAAGGGAAAUAGCGACCCUAGGACACACAUUAGGGCAUACUGCCGAAAGAUGGCUGCCUAUUCCAGCGAUGAUCAACUUCUAAUGCAUUUUUUCCAGGAUUCCCUCGGUGGGGCAUCUUUGGAUUGGUACAUGCAACUCGAGGGCAACCAUAUUCACACUUGGAGGGAAAUGGCCGAGGCAUUCCUCAAGCACUAUCAGUACAACACUGAUAUGGCACCUAAUCGCACACAGUUGCAAAAUUUGACUCAGAGGUUUGAGGAGUCCUUCAAAGAGUAUGCCCAGCGGUGGAGGGAAUUAGCUGCUAGGGUACAACCCCCAUUGCUAGAAAGAGAACUGAUAGACAUGUUUAUGGGAAACCUGCAAGGUCCAUACCUUGAUAGAAUGGUAGGGAGCACCUCUUCAGGCUUUUCCGACCUGGUCUUAGCCGGUGAAAGGAUAGAAAAUAUGAUUAAAAUAGGAAAGAUCCAGAACUCUGCCAGUACUUCUAGUGCAUCGAAGAAACCUUUUGUUCCCUAUGGUAAAAAACGAGAAGGCGAGACCAAUGCUGCCUCCAUCAUUCGAACAAGAAAUCACACUUAUCCACAAGUAGCUGCCAUAGCUCCCGUCCAACCAAGUCAACAACAACCAUUUGCAAUUCCUGUUCAAACUCAACAACAAUAA